UUUAAAGAAGGGAAUUCGUGAACAAAGUUGGCUGCAUGGACUGACUUAACAGCUGAUCAGGAAUUGUUUCCAGACUGUGUUUCUGCUGCUUUCUGAAUGUGAUUUGAACAAUUUGCUUUGGAUGUGAUCUCUGGCUCCCACCUGUCGGUACAUGAUGAAUUUCUUCAGAAAAGGUUGGUGGCAAGGAAUUACAGGGGAAGUACCAGAGACAGCUGAUGAUCUACUGAUUUAUGCUCUGGAUAAUAUAACAAUGAAUGACUUCAAACGUUUUAAGGAUAAAUUGUCAGAUUUUACCUAUGAACGUAAGACUCCCAUUCCACGUGGACCUCUGGAAAAUGCAAACUCCCUUGACACAAAGAAUCAUCUGAUAAAAACUUAUGGAAAGGAUAAAGCUUUACAAGUGGCAAUCAGUAUCUUCAGAUCGAUAAAUCUGAUGGGACCGGCAGAGGAUCUUGUAAAGAAAAUGGAACGUAUUGGUUUGUUAAAUAUAUCAGAUGAAAGUCUGGAAGUUGUCAGAAAAAAAUACAUGGAUUUUAUAAAGAAUAAAUACCAACAGAUUGAAGACAAAAAUGCCCGUUUGGGAGAAGCUGUUCUUUUAAACAGAAGAUAUACAAGACUACGGAUGAUAAAAAAGCACCGUGAUCAAGAGGAGAGAGAGCAUGAAUUAAUAUAUUAUGGUAGAAAACAUCUAGACCUAAUGGACAAUUCUUUAGAGGAAUAUUCUCCAACCACUAUGGAAGCUCUGUUUGAUCCUGGUGAAGAUGGAAUCAGUCCUGCGACUGUGGUGUUACAAGGACCGGCUGGGAUUGGAAAAACUAUGACUGUUCAAAAGAUCAUGCUUGACUGGGCCUCUGGAAAUCUAUAUCAGGACAGAUUUCAUUUUAUCUUUUAUAUCAGUUGUAGGGAGAUCAAUCACUUCACAGAUAAUAUAAGCAUUGGUACUCAUAUAUCCAGGAGCAACGGAUUACAAUGCCAACAUAAUCUGAUUAAAUCUAUUUUUGAAGAUGCUGAAAAAAUCCUUUUUAUAAUUGAUGGUUUUGAUGAAUUGGAGUUCCCCCUUGGGAAUGAAGCAGAGAUUAACAUAGAUCCAUUCCAAGAGACUCCCAAAGAAAUUCUUCUAAAUUGUUUAUUCAGAAAACAGAUUUUUGGAAAGUCUUCACUGAUUAUCACCACAAGACCAUAUACCCUAGAGAAACUAAGGGAGAUUAUCAGAUUGUCCCGUUAUGUAGAAAUUAUGGGAUUUACUGGUGAAAACCGGGAAAAAUAUGUCUUCAAUUUCUUUGAAAGUAAACAACAAGCAGAAAAAGCUCUGAGUUUAUUGAAACAAAAUGACACUCUGUUUACAUUGUGUACUGUCCCUAUCACAUGCUGGAUUGUGUGCACUGUUCUUAAACAACAAAUUAAAAAGGAUUUCAGUUUGAUUAAUAACACCACCACCUCUAUUUACGUGCUUUAUCUAAAGAGUUUAAUAAAGUACCAUGGUAGAAGCUCCAGUCAGUGUAUAAGCUCCUGUAUAAAGAAAUUUAGUGCUUUAGCCAAGGAAGGAGUAUGGAAUCAGAAAAUCAUUUUUGAGGAAGAAGACCUUGAAAAGCAUGCAGUUACUGUGUCAGACAUUGCAUCUCUCUUCCUGAAUGAGAACAUCUUUCAAAGGGACAUUGAGACUCAAACCUGUUACAGCUUUGUACAUCUGAGUGUACAGGAGUUCUUUGCUGCUCUGUAUUAUAUACUGAGCGAGGAGGCAGAAAGUUGGGAUAUCUCGCAGUUUACUACUUCACAAGGAGAAGUCAGGCCACACUUCACAUUAACUGUACGAUUCUUGUUUGGACUUGCCAAUGAAAAACUAAAAGCAGCGAUCGGUGAAAUCACUCAGUGUAAAGUAUAUCCUGCAUUUAAAUCUGUCUUGGAAGAACUGGUAACAAAAUAUAGAGUGAAACAUUAUCAUAAUGAAAUACUGAACUGUUUGUAUGAGUCUCAGGAUGAAGACUUUGUUAGAAGAAUGAUGUCUCAAAUGGUAGACCUGAGGAUUGAUGAGAUGGAAGAGAAUACAAUACACCAAUGUCUGUCUUACUGUUUGAUGAAAACCAAAUGUGUUCACAGCCUUUCUAUGGAGAAAUGUUCACUUAAUCCCAAGUCACUAAGAGCAUUAGCUCCAGGACUUCACAACUGUUUAUCAAUUGAGUUGCGGUGCUGUGAUCUGACCUCAUCUUGCUGUGAGGAUCUUCGCUCUGUUAUUAUCACAAGCCGAUCUCUGACCAAGUUGGAUCUGAGAGGAACUAACCUGCAGGAUUCAGGAUUGAAGAGUCUGUGUGAGGGUCUCAUGGACGCAGACUGUACCCUGCAGGAAAUGCGAUUGAAGCGCUGUGGUCUGACCUCAUCCUGCUGUGAGGAUCUUCGCUCUGUUAUUAUCACAAACCGAUCUCUGAUUAAACUGGAUCUGUCAGAUAACCUGCAGGACUCAGGAUUAAAACAUCUGUGUGAGGGUCUCAGGCACCCAGACUGUACCCUGCAGGAGCUGGAAUUGUUUGGCUGUGGUGUGACCUCAUCCUGCUGUGAGGAUCUAUGCUCUGUUUUUAGCACAAACCGAUCUCUGACCAAACUGGAUCUGUCAGGGAAUAAACUGCAGGACUCUGGAGUUAAGUGUCUGUGUGAGGGUCUCAGGCACCCAGACUGUACCCUGCAGGAGCUGUGGUUGCAGUGCUGUGGUCUGACCUCAUCCUGCUGUGAGGAUCUCCGCUCUCUUAUUAUCACAAACCGAUCUCUGACCAAACUGCAUCUGAGAGGGAAUAACCUGCAGGACUCAGGAUUAAAACUUCUGUGUGACGGUCUCAGGCAUCCAGACUAUACCUUGCAGGAGCUGUGGUUGUUAGGCUGUGGUCUGACCUCAUCCUGCUGUGAGGAACUACACUCUGUUAUUAUCAAAAACCGAUCUCUGACCAAACUGUGUCUGUCAGAUAACCUUCAGGACUCAGGAUUAAAGCAUCUGUGUGAGGGUCUCAAGUACCCAGACUGUACCCUGCAGGAGCUGCUGUUGUUAGGCUGUAGUCUGACCUCAUCCUGCUGUGAGGAUCUACGCUCUGUUAUUAUCAAAAACCGAUCUCUGACCAAACUGGAUAUGUCAGGGAAUAACCUGCAGGACUCAGGAUUAAAGCUUCUGUGUGAGGGUCUCAGACACCCAGACUCUACCCUGCAAGAGCUGCGGUUGGACGGGGAAGAUAUACGUGCUGAUGAAUACAGGAAAGAGAAUGGUCUGUUUCCCCUAUCACACUUUUAGAGCCUGACUGAGAAUCUUCUGGACUUAGUUCCAUCUGGCCAGGAGGAAGGCCAGUUUCUGAAAAAUAGAUAUUUCAUGAUUGAUGUUCAUUUCUAGCUAACUACGGAGGGAUAUCAAUAUAAUAAUGGAUGAGCGUUA